CCUCUUUGACGAUCAGUAAGUUGUUAAUAGUAGUCUGCUUAUUCACUGUCAAUUGUCAACAAGACGAAUCGGGAGUUCGGGAAUCGGGACCACGUUUUUUUGUGAAAUUUACAAUCAUCCCUGAAAACUUAAGAUGACAGAAUCUCGAUCUCUACCCAAUAUUCUUAUUACUGGAACACCAGGAGUGGGCAAAUCAACACUUUGCCAACAAUUAGCAGAACAGACGAACCUGAAGUGGCUUGAGGUGGGUAAGCUUGCAAAGGAAAAUAAUUGUUAUGAAGAAUUUGAUGAAGUUUAUCGUUGCCCAGUUUUGCAUGAGGAUAAGAUUCUUGACCUAAUGGAAGACCAAAUGAGUGAAGGAGGUAAAAUAGUUGAUUAUCAUGGAUGUGAUUUUUUCCCAGAAAGGUGGUUUGAUAUCAUAUUUGUUCUUAGAACAAACAAUACAGCACUUUUUGAUCGCCUCUCAAAAAGAGGUUACAGUGGAAAAAAACUAGAAGACAACAUUGAAUGUGAAAUAUUUGGCACCAUUCAUGAAGAAGCUGUUGAUUCUUACAAAGAAGGUUCUGUUUUUGAGUUGUCCAGUAAUAGUGCAGAAGAGAUGGAAGAAAAUGUUGAACAGAUUGUGAAGUGGAUUGAGCAAUGGAAACAAAAUAAAAUUUAAAAUCUA